AUGGAACAACAGCAGAGAAUCAAUCAAAAUUGCGCGGAUCUCUGGAAUCAUAUUUAUAUGCACCUUCCGCGAAUUAGAAACAUAUUUGAGGAGUUGAAAAACGAGGACGAACAGAUCUAUAAUGACUACCGCUUACGAUUAUCUCUACUGGAAGAGGAAUAUGACAAAUGCACGACUCAGAGGCAUAAUCAUGAUACAGUGAUCUUGUGGUCCAAACAAAUCGUGGAUUUCUAUUUUCUGUUGCGCAGAAAACGCAUAGACCGCAUCAUCAGCGGUUCAUCAUUCCCCGUGCAGAUACAGCAUGAUAGAAACGUCAAUAGCAUCAGAAAUGACGAACUAACCGAAUACCUGAACAGACAUAUUGCUAGAUUCGCUGAAAGUCAGCGUAAUAUACAUCGUAAUGGGCACAUCGACGCGAUCCAGAACGGAGCCCUCAAUGAAGACCCGAAUAGAGCCCUCAAUGGAGACCCGAAUAGAGUCCUCAAUGGAGACCCGAAUGGAGAUUUCAAUGGACGCCAUGAUGAACACCGCAAUGAUCAGAUCAAUGGGCCCGAGAAUGGAAAUGACGACGAACACGAUAAUAAUGAUAUGUGA